UUGUGAAUGCAACUUUGUACUUUUACUGCAUACCAACAGACUCUUAAAUAAUAUUUUUCUUUUAUAACUAAUACUUUCUCCUUCUUUUGCAAAUCACGUCAACGUUUCUCGCACAGUCAACAGGGUUUCCAAAUUGUUCUGCGGGACCAGAAUCGUUCAGAACACGUCACGUAGUUGUAAUAUAAGUAUAUUCACGUUUUAUAGGAAACGAAACUGGAUUAUUUACCGCAAGCCUGGGGUAGUCGUUUUUGCAAAUGCGCGAAUUAAAAGGAAGUAGUUAAAAUGUCCUGUACAACGCGUUAUGAAAAAGACAAAGCAGAUAAACAGCAAAAUCUUGCCUCUAAAAGGCUGAAAGUUAUCCCACCUGAAGUAUUGAGUAAUGUAGAAAUAGAGUUUCUGAAUCUAGACCGUAACAAACUGAAGAAUGUUAUAGGAAUUUCAGAACUGAAAAAAUUAAAGGAACUCGCUCUUUCUAAAAAUGAACUAGCAGAAUUUCCUGUAGAAAUCAAGAAUUUGAGAUCACUUGAGAAGCUAGAAAUAAAUCAGAACAAAAUGCAGAACAUUCCUGAAGGAAUCUUUUGCAGCCUUCACCGGUUGAAGCAUUUAAAGCUGAACAACAAUCGUAUCUCCAAACUUCCUGAUGACCUUAGCAACUGCGGUGGUCUAGAAUACUUCAAUAUUUCCAGCAACUGGAUCCGGGUAAUACCACCAUGCAUUUUAACAUUAAAAAAACUUGUAGAACUUUAUGUGGGAAACAAUAAGCUGCGUAAACUUCCAGCAGAGCUUUUUGAGAAUAAAGUACUUAAGAAGUUUAAUGCAAGAUCCAAUCCAUUAAGAGAGCCACCAGAUGAAGUGUGCUCUGGAGGACUUAAGCAGAUUCGAAACUACUUCAGCCAGCUCCAAAAAAGUGACGCAGAAGAGGUAAAAAAGAUAAAGACAAUAUUCCUUGGUGAAUCAAUGGCUGGGAAAUCUACAAUAUGUAAGAGUUUAUGUAUGGAACCUGAGGUUGUGCCUACUGAAGAAAGAACUGUUGGAAUUGAAAUCAAUGAAUUUCCAAUAGAAGACUUCACUUUUUAUUUUUGGGAUUUUGCUGGCCAACAUGAAUAUUAUCUCACUCAUCAUGUAUUUAUAACACCCCAAGCAUUUGUCAUUCUGGUUAUUAAUUUGCAGAGUUACAGCUCAAAUGAUGAAAACUUUAAAAGUCAUGUACAGUUCUGGAUCAGCAAUGUUUUGAUGCGUGUCCCUGACUCUGUUGUGCUUCCUGUUGGAACUCACAUUGACUGCUGUGAUAAAGAGGCAGUGGAAGUAAAGAAGAAAGAUAUCGUGACACGUAUACGUGAAAUGCUAGAGGAAAGGAAAAAGAAACUGGAUCAGAAGAUAAAAUUCAUGGAGGAAAAUAAUGACCCUGAAAUGUUUUUAGAACAAGUGGACAACCUGAAGCAGUUAGCAAACUGUAGAGCAAAGGUUUUAGAUCUUGUUGCUAUUAAUUGCAAAAAUCAUGACGAUAUCAAGCAGCUUCGAGCAACGAUUCUGGAGUGUGUUCGAGAAGAGGAGGAUUUCCCAAAUGCAGUCAAGAUACUACCACUCAGUUAUAGGGCAGUAGAAAAGGCUAUUUUGGAAAUGUCACAUGCAGAAGAUUUUCCAGCUCACGGUAUGAUGUCGCUUGAUGAGUUAUUCAGUAGCCUUGGCAAAAAGGAAAAGCUGGGAAAAGUAGAGAAAGAAGUUCUUAAAGAUAUACUGCGGUAUCUGCAUCGUACUGGCUUGAUUGUUUGGUAUGAAGAGAUUGACAUGCUUGCUAAUAAAGUUUUUGUCAAGCCUGGAUUUCUUAUAGAACUGUUUAAGACAAUUAUCAGGCAUGAUAUAGAAAAACAACUGAAGAAUAUUCCAGUGGCAAUAUUGACAGAAGAGAAAGCUUUUUCAAGGGAUGUCAAAUCCUGGAUUGCAAAGUUUAAAUGCAAGGCUAUGUUGGACCUAAAAGCAAUGAGAGCCAUGGUUAAACACUUACUCCAGCCAAUGAAAUCUGAUGAAAGGACUGAUGUUAUUGAUGAAAUGCUUGGUGGAACUAACGAAGAAGGAAAACUUUUUAAUCUUUUUGUGUAUUUUCAAAUCUGCCUUCCAGUGAGAAAUGCAAAUGGUCUGAAUGUAAAAGCCCCGGAAUUUAUACCAGGGAAGAAAUGGGAACCAACAGCAGACUCCAAAGUGAACAGUUAUUUAUUCCCUAUAUACUUACUGACUAACACUGAGGUCACUGAGCAGUGGAAACAUGACCAUGAGCAAGACCUCUGUUUCCGCUUCUGCUUCUUACCAGAAAUUCCUGAAGGGUUUUUUCAAAGGUUGAUUGUUGAGGUUUGUUCAUUAUAUUCUAGUCAUUGGGUUGGAAGGACUAUGUGCCUUGUUGUGUACAUCAAAAGACAAGUGCUGCUAAAAGAAAUAAUUGAAAAUAAUGAUUAUUACAUUGAAAUGACGUCCCGGAAGCCUGGUAAUGAAAAUGAUUUUAGAAAUACGUGGAAAGUAAUUCUGGCAAUUUAUGCAAAGAUCAGAGAACUACUGGAACAGUGGCCUGGUCUUUAUCUGUGUGUGAGAACACCUUGCAGGAACAAAAACUGUCUACGUGAAUUGGAGUGGCCAGAUAUUGAUGAAAAUACAAGAGAUUCUGCCAUGACCCAAGAAGAAACAAUAACCUGUGACAUAUGUGGUUCUCAUUUUGCAUCUGCAUUUUUGUUUCCAUACGUUCCAUUUCCAAAAGAAGUACCACAGAUUAAUACAACUAUAAAUGUCACGACGUAUGGUGGUGCUGUUGUUGGUUCUGGCAAUGUUCUGAGUGUUGGGACACAGAAUUUUGAAGGAUAAUGGACAGAUGCUUCUGCUUCCCUUAGGACAAUCAUGAUUUUAAUCUACUUUCAAUGAAUUGUGCGAAAUUUUCUUCUACCGCCUCUGCAGUAAAAUGUACAAGUGGCAGCAUAUUCAAACUGAGAUUUACUUCAAACUUCUGCUUUUAACCUUUCGGUGCACACAGCUUUUGUGAUUGGGCUAAGCUCAGUCAUUUAACGCAAGCAUUGGCCAAGAAGGUUGUAUGGUUGUCUUUGAGGCCAAAGUAGUGAAUACUUGAAUGUUCUAAUGUCAUAUUGUCCAAUCGUGAUACCGUCAUAUACUGAUAAACUAGGGUUGCACUUGGAAGCAUUAAACUGAGUGACUGUGUCUAGAUACUUGCUUAUACAGAAAUUAACAUUUUUGUGUUUCUUUUAUUCAUCAUUCACUGAAAGUACUGGCAAUUGUAGAGCACAAUUAUCUGUUCAUGUUAAUCUUUGUACUUCCUUCAUUUUUUUGUGAAAGAGUUUUAAGCAUGCAAGAGUAUAAAUGCAGCCACUAUUAUUGAAUGUAAUUCCGAAAGCAUGUGGCAUAGUAUUAGAUCAAAACAAAAGAAUACAGUAUAUUUUAAUAUUAAGUAUAUAAUAAAACAUUAGUGACUAUAUAUGCAGUUUGACCUUAUUUCCUGUAUGAAGUCAUGUCAUACUCGUCAUUCCUCCUUGAUGGCACAUUUAAGACAAGUUACUUUUUCAGCAAAUUCCACAAUUUCCGGAUCAAAUUUGGUUCCACUGCAAAUGAUUUUAAAGUCACUAUUGCAUUAGAUAUUGGGAUCAUCUGACUGCCUCCCUCCAAUACUUUGCGCCUGGAGCAGUUGCCCCUCUCACCCUGCCCUAGCUACACUACUGGUGAUUUCCUUUUGGUUUAGAUUCCUAAUGUUGCUAUAUGAUCAAAGGGAGGGCAUGGAAAAGGCAAAGACAGUUUCCUAUGGGGCUGUGUAGUUGGAGUGCAUUUGCAAGAACAGACCCUGUAACAGAGGCUGGUACAUACAGGGUGAUGUUGGGGAAGGCCAUACUACUGGACAUAUAUGACUUAGUGAUUUGUAGAUGUUUGGACACAACUUUGCACAACAUGUACUGCAUAAACUGCUGGAGAGUACAUUUCCCCGUAAGGAAUGUUGUUUUCUCUAAUAAAUACUUUUAAAACACAUGGUUUCCAUGUGCUGACAUCACUAAGGAAAAAGCAGAAAACUUUAAUCUAGGUAAUGUCAUCAUAGGAAAAGUGUGUAUUGCUUCCCAAUGCUUUAAUGAGUGAACCAAUGUGCAUGUGUGAAGGUACCCAUAAAAGUCUGUGGACGUACCACACAUGACCCUAAGGUAAUGUCACAACAACGCUAAAUUUUUGGGGCUGUGGUGUAAUGACAAAUUUUCAAAGCUUUUUAUUAAAAAUGACCUAAAAAUGUAAGGAAGGGCAGGAAUGAAAAUGCAUUGUGACACUUGAUUCCUCAAAUGCUACCUUGUAUAUAGAAACCUUGGCAAAUCACUUUAAAAGUGGAGGCAGUGUUGGAUCAUGACUCUCUAAGAUUUCUAAAGGAAUUCCUUCAGCACAGACUAAUGCUUUCUUGGAGGGGCUGAUUGAUAAGACUUGGUGGGUGUAAAAAUCAUACAAAGUAAAGUAGCAUUAAUAAAAAUCAUUCCAUUCUUUAGUUACUGUUAGAUUGUACGUAGUCACUAAAAAGUUAGCAGAUUGACUGGAGUGCCUUUCCUCAAUGAGGGGUACAGUUUUGUUAAUUGAAAGAACUAAUGGUGACCUCUAUGGAGUUAGUAAAAUGGAUUCCAGUUAAAUGUAAAUGGUGAAAAUGUUUACAUUAGUACUUUUGAAUUACAUUGCAAAAGAAUGUAAGUGUUUCCAGGUUUUCAGGUAGGGUGUGUGCUAGGCUAUACUAGGCUUGGUAUGAGUGACAGUGUGUUCUGGGAAAAUGGGUAGUUCUUCUUAAUUAUUUCUGUCAGCUUGGCUGAUCUGUCAUUGUUGUCUUCAUGUUUGGACUAGAGGCUCGCAUAUCAGAAAAGAACAAAAGAAAACUCUUGUUAGUAAAUGUACUUCUAAAAUUUCAUACAAAAGUGGUGAUAGGGGAAACCUCUCUUUCACUUGUAAUGAUCAGAAAGCUAGAAAUGAAAGGCACCAUCAUUAUUGCAAUGGUUGAUCUUUCUGGUGAGUAUUUCUGGGAUACUUAGCCUCUGUAACCCACCAAAAAGGGUCCGUCUAAUUUUAUCAAAUACUUUUACUGACAUUGAUACUGAGGGCAAUAUGUGGAAUUUUGAUCAACUUAACUUUAAUGAACAAACUGAGAGCUUUCCUAAAAUUGCUUCAUAAUGGCCUGUGAAUGCUGAAGCCACCUUGGUCUGGUCAAACUUAACAGGUAGGGUGUUUUAAAGUCUGUUUGGACCAUAUGCAUAUACAGAUUUGCAGAGAAGUCUGGCUGUAGGAUAUUGCUUUACUGGAGUCCUUUCUGAGCUUGUAUAUUAGAUAGUUUUGUUCAAAUAUUUUUCUGAGGGGAGCUAAUGCCUUGUUUUGUAAUAUUUUUCAGAAGAGUGUGAAGGAGGUAUUUGGUGAAGUGUUUAGAGAACUCAUCAGGUAGGCUGUUGGGAUCUGAUGAUUUUCAUGCUGAUGGCUUGGAGAUUGCCGGCUUUAAAUCUGAGUGGGUAAAGGAGAGAAGUAGGGUGUGUGAUAUUUGAGAGAGGAUAUAUAAUAUAGUUAAUUUUUAAAGGCAAUAACUGUCAUCAAGAGUCCUAUGAAUCUGUGACUGUUGGUUGUGGUUAGUUUAGUAGUUGGCAAAGAUUUCUAGAAUUUUACCCACCCAGAGUGAAUUCUUUUCCCCGUGUUAGACUUUGUAACUGCAUUGAUUUUUGUCUUUUUAGCCCAUGUUUUGAGUAUUCUAAUAUAAGAAUAAGAAAGUACACCUACUUUGAUGACCAAUGGGGAUGCAGUGUACUCCCUCCUUACAAAAAAAAAGAAAAAACUCUGUCUCAGCAGGUGCCAAAGACAAGGGAGUUCAACAGUGUCAGUGGAACCUUGUGAAAGUUCAGAAUACCUACUGCAGUUUACCAGCAGGGAUGCAGGCUGUACCAUCAGAUGAAGGGGGAAAAAACAGUUUUUACUUCCAUAUCUUUUUAGUCUGUUUCCUUUGAUUCUCCAUCCUCCUCCUCUGAGCUUCAUUGUUGUUUUUCUUUAUAACAUGUUCCCUGUUCAGUAUUAGAUCUUGUGUUGUCCCCUGUGUCUACCUCGACACAUGGAUUAUCUGUUUGAGACAUAUCCAAUCCGGCAAAAAAAAAAAAAAAACUUACAGGUCUUCUUCAGUGCUCUCCAUAUCCCAUAAUGCUAUGUGAUAACACAAUUUCUGAGAUAUUGUUUGCCAUUUCUCUGCACAGAUGCAAUUCUCAAGCACUUCACUCAAGCAGGGUGUUUUUGUCCCAGAUAAGUAUUUUUUCUUGAUAAUUUGUUUUGCUUCUUCUUCCAGAGUCUUUUCCUUGCAGUUUCUAAAGUACUUUUUUCUUGAUAAUUUUUCUCUUUUUUCUUCUAGAGCCUUUUCCUUGCAGUUUCUUCAUCAGAGCAAUCAAAAAUAUGGAAAUUCCACCACAGCUUUCAGUAGUUUACUCUCUCUCCUCCUGUGUUAUUUUGUUGCUCUAGUCAUAGAAGAGGCUUUAAUUACUUCUGUGUAAUCUUAUAGAAGCAUUGCAGAACCUGAUUGGGAGACAAUGAUGAUAGCUUUUGAGAUGGCUCAGAUAGAUAAUGGGAGAUAAACCCCUCCUUAACUUUGCUUCUUCUUGAGUCCCUUCUUUUGAUCUGGUGCAGUCAUUACUGAGGUUUCUUCAGUCUCCCUUUGUCUGCAUCAGCAGCCCUAGAUACAUGUAUGUUGAGUGUUUCUCUGAUCCAUAUGACUCUCAGACCUUUGAAGCCACCUGGUUCCUAGAUCCAAGAGAGUGGUGCUUUGCUUUAGUUGACUCCAAUAGCUUUGGCACUCUCUUUCCUUGAAUUCUUCAGUUUUCAACUCCUUGCCACUGGUCUGUGCCUUGGAUCUGCUGCGAUCUUUAGCACCAGGGGAAUGUUAUUCAGAUCUCUCAGCUUUGGAUUUGGCCUCGAUCCAGACACCAUCUUUCUUGGCACUGUUGACUCCAACAUAAACUUUUCAGGUGUUUGAGAAGAUUUUGGCACAUUAUUCUUCCAUGGGAAAGGGAUGUAUUUGACAUCUCUGUUCCUCCCAGACCUCACAGUUUUCCUGAGGCUGUCUGUUCUCAUUGUCCUCCCUAGGGACAGCUUAACGCCAAAACCUAGAGCCUUCUCUUCCACAAGGGACUAGACCCUGUUCUGACUUCUUUGCGAUUUCCCAUCUGAGGAGCACAUAAAGUGUAACUGUAAAAGGAGGCACUUGGACUGUCCUUAAGAGUCCCAUACUGAGGACACAGACCUUGAUGAAAGUGAAGGGUCCCCUAGAUCUUACUCUGAGUAUAUCACCUUUUGUGAACUUGUGGAGUUAUUGAAACAAAGGGGGUUUGGCCCAUUGACACUCUUUCCUUGAAUGAGGAGGUGCUCUUUGAAGCUUUUGGACCUGGCCAAUCUACCUCCUGGGUGGUCCCUUCUGAGGAUCAUCUUGUAGAUGUUGUUUCGCAAAGGGCUUGAUGGGAUCCCAGCAUGGUGGAACCAGUUUCUUGUAAGCCAGACAAGGUGCUUGUUCCUCCCAAGGAUUGACCACACUGGAGUAAAGGGCCUCUAUUGUACUUAUGCCUGCCACAAAGAAGGAAUUAUUGGUGGAGAGUUUUGCGAUCCAUCCGCAUAACAGGGAAUCCAGAGCAGUGGAUCAUUUUGGGAAGCAGAUCUGUGCCCUCUUGUACCUUCUGCUUUAGGACAUUAGCCUAUAUCUCUCAUAUCAUGAGACUCCAGAGAGACUUUGGUAAUGAAGUGCUGACCCUCAGGAAAACUCAAACAGUUGAUAUCAGGAAGGCCAUGUAAUCUCAACUGGCCACUUUGUUGUCCAUUACUAAUGUGACCAUGACACUAAUUUCUAAUGUAGGCAAAUGGAUCAUCUAGUGCAGCAGAGGGAAGUGGCUGUGAUUUAGAAAGUGCCAGCAGUCUGCCUUAGACUCCUGUUCUAAUAGUCCCCCCCAUUGCAGGGGAGGGGGGAAUUCUAGGGGCAGAGAGGAUCCACAGAACCAAGGAUUCAGCUGUCCUGUCUCUGACAGACCCGUCAGCAUGCGUAAAAGCUUGCAAACCUGCUCUCCUCUGGCGGCAGUUAGAUGACACUUGUCCCUUCACCUUCUAAACUGAAUGGCCAUCAUGCAAGAUUCCUAGGUAAAGGGAAUCAUAUCCAGGGACUACAUUAUCCCAUUCCUAUCCAAACCCAAGCCAGUUUACAAAACUAUUUAAGAUGUCCCACAACAUCAAAGAAGACAGGUAUUCAAUAAAUUGUCUAGCUACUCGAAAAAAGAGACAUCCAGUAGGUCCCACCAAACCACAAGCAUCCAGUGUCUAUUCAAGAUUCUUUUUAGUUCCAGAAAAGAACAAGGACCUCAGUCCCAUUUUGGACCUAAGCAGUUUGAAUACUUGUUUGAGAAGACACACAUUUCAGAUGGUUGUGGUGCAAUUAAUUCUUUCUGUCCUUAGGAAAGGGAACUUGAUAUGCUUGAUAGAUCUUCAGGAUGCUUAUUGCAACAUAAAGAUUGCCACUCAGUCCUUUUUCCACUUCUGGAUGAGGGCCGGUCAUUAUCAAUUCCAUUGCCCUUUGGUCUCAUCACAGCUCCCUGUGUGUUAAUUAAAUGCAUGGUGGUAGUUGCAGCAUACCUUCUGCUGCAGAGAUUUUAUGUAUUUCCAUAGUUUGAUGACUGGCUUAUCACUGCAAGUACAAAAAAGUCCUUAAACCAUGCAAGAGAUUAUUUACUCGCCUUAUGUCAAUCAUUGGAUAUCUUUUUAAAUUAUGAGAAGUCAAGACUGGAACCAUCUCAAAACCUGGACUUCAUAGGAAGCGGUCUAUACACACUGUGUCAUAUCGCUAAUUUACCAUAAAUAAGGCUGACUUCCCUUCAUUGGCAAGCUCAGAAGGUUGUCAGUCUCCAGAAUCCACCAGCCUUCCUAGCCCUUCGAUUGCUGGGUUCCAUAUCAGCAUUAACUGCCCUAGUGCUUUGAGAGAAUUUCUUCUUGAGGGUUCAACAAUGGAUUCUGUCAGUACAAUGGUCGCUGUUACCCCAUCCACUUUAUCACCUGAUUAGGCUAUCCACCUUGCAUUGCUGUCAGUUAUAUUGGUGGAUGAGCUCCCUUCUGGUAUGUCAAGGAUACUUGUUUGUCCCCCCUCCAUUGGCCAUGUUCACCAUGGAUACUUGUCCAUUGUGGUCGGGGUGGGGGCAUUUUAAGGGGAGAGGAGUCCUAUAGACAUGUUGACCUACAGAAACCAGUCUUCACAUCAGUAUUCUGGAGAUGAGGGUGGUUCUCCUAGUAUUGCAGGUCUUUAGGACCAUCUUCCUCAGGGUGUGAUUCUAUACAGAUGGGUAACAAAUCUGUUGUCUGGUAUAAAAAGAAGCAGUGGGGAACCUGCUCCUAUCACUUGUGUCACAAUGCCACAAGAUUUUGGCAGUGGGCUGUGUCUUCACAGCAUUUUCUAAUACAAUGCACAUAACCAGGUCAAACCAAUAUUGUAGUGGAUAGGCUGGGUAGGUGCAUCCUCAUGCCUCAUGAAUGGUCUCUUAACUACAUGGUAGCAGCAGACAUUUUCAAUUGUUGGGUCCAGCCUUACUGUGAUUUGCAUGCAUCUCCAACCAACACAAAGUGCAGAAGCUACUUUGCUCUCAACUGUCAACAGAAACAGUCAUCGAGAGAUUCUCUAGUCCAUAAUUGGCCACCUGAUCUCCUGUAUGCCUUCUCUCCACUUCCUCUGAUAUCCAAAUUUCUUCAGAAAGCUUCCAUGUGCAAGGCAACUGUAAAUUCUCUUUGUAUCCUUCUGGCCAAGACAAGUCUAGUUCCCUUACCUUUGACCUCACCAUGGGUCCUAGACCCCAGACUGUAACUCCUGUCUCAUGUGUCCAACAAGGCCCAUCCUGACAUCAAGUCCCUCAAACUGACAGCAUGGAUUCUCCACUUUCCAGUGAUGGCCAGUGGUUCUCACCUGACCUCCUGCAGUACUUUGAAUUUUAUCCACUUCCCAGAAACCCUUCACUCAAAAAAUAUACAAAAGUAAAUGGAAAAAGUUUUCAUUGUUGGCCAUGAAGAAUGAUUUGGAUCCAUUUUGGCUCCUAUGUUAUCUUUCCUGGAGUUUCUGGCUAACAUUUGCCAGACAUGAACAAGGUAUUCUACAAUUAAAAUGCAGCUGAGUGCUGUUUAUAUUUUCACAGGAGUUCAAAUUCUUCUUUUUCUGUUGCAUCCCUAAAAAAUUCAAAAUCAUUCCUCAAAUAUACCUUCCUGUUGAUGACCCCAGUUAAAUAUCCAGUUAUUCCUUUGGUCCAUACUUUCAUAUUACAAGCCCUCAUAGAAGCACCCUUUGAUCCUGCUUCUACUAUCUUCUUGUGGGAAACCUUAUUUCUAUUGGCUAUAACUUUUGCCAGAUGAAUCUCUGAGUUACAAGUAUUGUUUUGCAAACAUAGUUAUUUGAUCUUUCAUAAACAUAUAGUCACAUUGAGACCCAACCCCUCUCUUGUUCCUAAAGUUGUCACAGAGUUACCCUUGAAUUAGUCUAUUCAUAUUCUUUCCUAGCCUCUCCAACUGGGAUGAAUACUUGCAUUCAUUAGAUGUCCAUUGUCAUUUUCAGGUUUUAUUUGCAUAGCACAAAGUCCUCACAAAGGUAUGAUCAAUUGUUUGUACCUUUCUCUAAAGCUAAAUUGGGCUCAAACAUUUCUAAAGUUUUCUUAUCCAGGCAGCUUUCAGACUGUAUAUUCUUUGUCUACAACUCAAAGGGAUUGUUGCUUCACUUAAACCAAAAUUGCAUUCCACCAGAGCAGUGUCUACCUCCGCUUUAUUUUUUGAUGAUUCAGUAGUGGAUGAUAUUUGUGCAGCAACUAUGUGGCCUACAGGGCACAUGUUUGUCAAGUAUUACAACUGUCUCUCAUUUCCUUAUCCAGAGCUGUGAUUGGUUCCACCAUUCUCAAAGGGAUUGUGCCAUGAUACCACCCAGGAUUUGUGUUAACUGGGCACUCUGUUCCACAUGGAGACAGACAGAGGAAACAAUACAGUUUAUGAAAAUUACGUACUUAACAUAAUGACAGAUCCUUGUUGUCCCUCCCCAUCUGUCUCGACAACCCUCUCUCCUUUUCACAUCCAAAUUGUCACUUUCUGUGUUAGAGGAUUAUGAAGGACUUUCCUGAAGUCUUGUCAGCUCCAUUCUACUAGUAAGAGUCUUCUGUUAGGGGAGCUUUUCCUUAUUUUUAAGGGCAGACUCAGUUGUGUUUGCACAUAGCAUUAUGGAAGAGAGAGAGAGAGCUUGAACACUGGAGUAGCUCUUAGAUUUUUUUUUUUGUUGGCUCAGACAUUUCUUGCGGUGGCUAACCCCAUGAUGGAUGGAGAGGGGCAGCAAUGUCUGUCAUUAUGGUAGCUACAUUUCUUUCAUUUACAUUCCCUUUCUUGAUGCAUAUUCUGAGAACUCCAUCAUGUCUUUCAUCGUGUGAUCCAAGGAAGUUCAUCUCAAGUCAUUGACUCCCACAUGUGCAAUGUUCAUAUCAUACUUGCGGUAAAGGAACUUAAGGGCUGUAGUAAUGUUACAUUUCAUGGCACCUGAGAGGCAAUUCAGCUUGGUGUGUGUUGCAUCUAUGUUAGUAACUAUGGAGUCAACUAUAACCAGGAUGUUUCCAUGUGAACAAGCUUGUUCUUGCUGACUUAAGGGCUUCUGCAUGCUUGCUAUGUGACCCCUGUUAGUUAGUGACUGUAUUUCCUAUACUGUCAGAAUGAGCUUGCAUGGUUGAUACGAACUGUUGAUAGUAGCUUGCAUGCAGGAGGUACAUUUGAGGAUGUAAGCUGAUGCCUAGACUUCGGAGUCCUAGAAGGUCUUAAUAAAGAUUUUUUUAAUGACAUCAGAGUAAGACAGCCUAGAGUUAGUAAUUUGUGAAGUUGCAUAGGUACAGGUGGGGCUCAUAUAGUGUUAAGCUCACUGCAUGUAGCUGGCUGAGAAAGGGUGCUUCCAGAUGAGUAAUUUGUUUAUACCGCUCACAUAUAAAGUCUUUGGGUUUAGAAGGAAUUCAUUAUCAGUAAGCAUGAGGCUGUUCAAAAAUUGCCUCAGGAUUCCAUAUGCUAUUAAGCUGGCAACAGGAGAGAGGGUUAUAUGUUAACUUCUCAAGAUGACCAGCGCUGCAAGAAUUAAAGUAAGCGGGGAUCUAAACAUGGACUGAGUAAAUAUUAGAGCUGUGGAAGUUAGUUGGACUAGUUUUAUGCUCAUCAAAGUCCACACUGCUCAGUGCAACUGGUACUCAGAGUGCACAGAUCAGUGCAGCUAAGUGGAAACUCAUGCAGCUCAGCAGAAGCAGUUCUGACAAAUUAAAAAUGGAUAAGUAACUUGUGGAUGUUGUAAGUGGCAAUCCUUCCUGUAUUAUAAGAAUAGAAAGUUUCACUUGCAUGUGCCUACCCACUGUGGAAAUACCACCAGUACUACUGUGCUGUGCUAAGCCCAGCUAUGUUUAGUAGACAAAAUAGAAGAAAACAGAACAACCAAUGAAAACUAGAUGAAAUCUGAAGUUCAGGUACUCAAGACUACCAGGACCAAUUUGUCUAACCCUCAAAUAGAUCAAAUCAGAACUGAUUCUAAUAUGGCUUCCACCCCUGGCCAAAUAGAUUUACUCAAGACAGUGGUUUAAAUGGAACAAAACAGUACUGAGUAAAACAAAAUAGUUCAAAAAGUCCAGAGUGCAACUAGCAAUAUCAGGCAAGGCAGUAUUACAUGAAAAUGACUAAAAUGAUGUAUUAAAAAAAAAAAGUACUGGCAGUACAAAAACAGCUCAAAUGCCUAAUAGAUGAUGCAAAAGCAGCUUAAAAUGGCUGUAGGAGUGAGACAACUUAAGUGCAGACAAAAUGAAUGCAGUUUCCAUGUCUUUCUCUCUCUCUUUGUAGAUGCAGCAACUUAUUAAACGGUGGGGGCACUUGGCUUUACUCUCUGCAGUCUUUUAGGAAGUCUUAUUUCUCAGCCUUCUGCUGUUUUUCCUUCCACUUUUCCCUCCUUUUUGUAUCAUCUUUUCCUACCCACACUGUAACACUAAUACCAUUCAGCUAUCCUACAUUUUGCUUAUGGUGAAUAAUAACAGUUCAUAUAUUUUUAUUGUUUAUGUAUAUGUCUGUUAAUGUACUUUAUUUGUACAUUUGUGUUGCCUGUUUAAUCUGUCAUACGUCUGUAUAAGUAAUCUGUCAUACUUUUGUACAAGUAAUCUGUCAUACUUCUGUAUAAAUUGUCUAUAUUUUUGCUCUUAGGCUGCGGCUGAAAUUGUUUUAUGUGGAUCAGUCCACUACUCAAGUAAAAACACAAGCAGAAAAAAUAAAAAAAUAAAUAAAUGGCACAUUAUGAUUAUGCUUGGGCUUAGAAAUGCUUUUAUAGCCAUUCCGUCCUCUAACUUGCCCUGUUCUACCUUGCUGGGAGUAAAGAGUAAGUUUCAUGGUUUAUAUCUGAAUAUGAAUAAAUCUUUCUCAUUUUCUCAGAUUUGCAGGAUGCACCCUCUUUUGUAAUGUAGUUUCCCUUCUGAGCUUGAUUUUCUCCAUCAGAGUCUGGUUUCUUGCAACCAUUACAUACUUGUACUGUGGUGCCUAAUCAAGUGAGGCGUCUAUAUUUUUGAUUGGGCUAUUUAACAUGCUAGUAUUCCAAAAUGUCAUUAACAUUUAUUUCAAGUAUUGUUUUACCUGAACUAGUCAGUAAGUAUGGAAUGGAGUUGAGUAGAUUACCAAGACUGUUCUUUGCAUUACUUAGAGAAUAGUUAGCAGAGCACUUGACUGUUCAGGGAAAACAAAGUUAUAAUUACGUGUAAUUAAAACAAAUUGCAAACAACCAAAUUUACAGUAUUCAGCAGAAUGUUUGAAUUUGUCUGAUCUCAAGGGGCCAUGUUACAAGCUUGAAUGUCAGAAGACAAAGCCACAAAAGCUCAAAAUAGAAAUACCAAAUGAUUUUGAACACUCCCUAAAAACACUGAGCAAGUGUAACUGCCUGAGAUAUAAUGUCCGAGUGAUCCUCCAUGAACUGCCUCUUGGUAACCAGCAAACUUUCAAAUGUGUAUGGUUUAAUCUCUUACCUGAACAAAUUUGGUUUAAUUUUUUCAUUAAAACCACCAAACUUUUUAAUACUUUUCUCCCUGGUAAGUGUUAUAACAAGAGCUGUAUCUCCUUUGAGUAUUAUAUAAUCUAUGUAUUACUAAUGCACUUUAGUAAACUUUAAAACAAUAAUGUCAAACUUAGAAGAAAGUUGCCCGAGUGUUUUGGGGGACACUACACCUACCCAUUACCACUAUAUAAAUAUUUUAACUCCAGGGUUGCACAGCCUCAGAAAAGAGGAAAUGAUUUGUUUUUCUGUAAAAUGUGAACCCCUUGCAGGUAUGAAGAUAUUUGCUGUCAGGGUGACAACUCCACUCCAGCAGCGAGUUGAGUGGCUAUGAAAGAAAAAAAAAAAAAACGGAUUGAUGUGGGGAUGUAUGUACCUAAGAUGAAGAUGUUACAAAGGGUUGGACACUAACUCUGUUAACCAAAAUGUAAAUAAAAUAAAGCAUCUUUGUAUCAGAAACAUUGUCUACUCAUUCCUUUGAGGUGCUUGAAAAUGCAGAUGUGAAGUUAACAGACAGUAGUUAAGUCUGCAUAGUUACAGUUACAUCAAGUUUAUUGUCUACCAAAAAACGCCCAAUGAUUCGAAACUAGACACAGAAAAGACAGAAAGAUGCCGGAAAACAACACUCAGAUGCCGGUAAUAGCGUAAAAUGAUUUAAUUUCCGCUUUCGUCACAACUUCAUCAGAAUACAAAAACAGUUGAAAUCAACCAGUAUAAAUAGCCCGUUCAAUUAA